AUGAUGAAAAUAGAGACAUAAUAAUGUUGCAAUUAACAUUUUCGAUGACUAAUUAGAAAGUCCGAAGGGUGCGGUAUGUGGUAGCACGCGUCCUACACAUGAAGGGCCACCACACAACGACACAAGUUGAAAAAGGUGGCGCGCAUUCCCAUACUAACACUCCCCUCUCACCGCACUGCACUGUUCUACGCGCUCUCCAUCUUCCCACUCACAUGGCGCCGCCGACGCCGGACGCCAUCGCCGCCUUCAUGCGAAUCACCGGAGCAUCCGAGUACGUCGCCGUCCAGAAAUUAGAGGAAUACGGAGGCAAUCUCAACGAAGCUGUUAAUGCGCAUUUCAUUGAAGGGGAAAGACACAUUCAGGGGCAAAAUGUUGCUAAUGAUGCUGCCCCAAACUAUAAUUACUCUGAUGAUAAUAACCAAAACCGUGCCGGGUCACGCGGAAUUUCGCCUUUUCUCAAUGCUGCUAGAAGAUUUAGGCCUUCAUUGCUACUUGACUCAAAUUAUAGGAGAGAACUUAGAGAUUUGUAUACUGGGAUGGGUGCUACUGGGCUUACAAGUCGUGGAUCGCCGAAUGCUUCCUAUCCAGGGGAGGUUACGGGUGUCCCUCCCGGGCCUAAUAUUGCAUAUGGGUUGCCAUAUCAAUCGGGACUGAACUCUGCAAAUGCUGAUGUGACUGGGAAUUUACCAUCUCAUGGUCGAGGAGCUUAUGGGACAAAUGAUUAUCAGCAUGACUACACGUUAGCUCACUCAAACUCCUCAGGUUUUUCUGAGAAAGAUGCGGAGGAAGCAAUGAUUCAAGCUGCGAUUGAAGCCUCCAAAAAGGAGAGCAGGGAAGGUUCUUCAUGGACUGCUCCUCUUAAUGAUGGUGUGCUUCCUCAAAGUCAUCUUCAACAAGAUGAUGAUUUGGCUCAUGCAAUUUCAUUGUCCUUAAAGACUGCAGAGGAAGAGGAGGCAAUACGUGAGCUUCUAGUCGUUGAGGAAAAGGAUUUAUUAGCCAAGGGAGACAAUAGCAGAAGCAGUCUAGAGUCGGGAAAGCCAUCCAAUCGAAAUGUAGCUUCAGGUGUUGCACAACCAGUCAUGGGUCAUCAUGGAAAUGAAGACGUAUUUAUUCCUGAGAAGUGGGCUGGUAUUUCCUCUGACGAGCUUAAUGAAGCAAUGAUGCUUGAAACUGCACUUUUUGGUGAAAUCCCCAAUCGCAGUACUCAGAGAUAUUCAACUUCGCCUGAUCUGCAACCUCGUCCUGAAAAACUUGAUCCAAAGAUGCAGUGUUCGUCCAGUUCAGCAUCACAAUUAUUAACUGAAACUCAGUUGUUAAGACAACAACAGGAUGCUGACUAUCAAGCAUCACUGCAAGCUGAUAAACAAAAGGAAUUGAAUUCUCUCAAGAAAGCUGAAACCCAUUCCUCAAAGGAAGAAGAAUCACAGAAAAAGAUGAUUGAAAAAAAAGAUUUGGAGAAAAUGCUUGAUAAGAAGGAAAUUAUGCUUCCCAAGGAACCACCAUUAGGUGAUGAAAAAGUAAUUACUAUUGUUGUUCGAAUGCCAAACGGAAAUCGUUGUGAACGCCGCUUCCUCAAAACUGACAAGCUUCAGCUUCUCUUUGAUUUCAUAGACAUUCAUGGAGCAGUGAAGCCUGGCUCCUACAGAAUUGUAAAAUCAUACCCGCGAUGUGCUUAUAGUAUUAAUGAUAGCUCUUCAACCUUGAAUGAAGUAGGCCUUAGCAACAAGAACGAGGCUUUGUUUCUGGAGUUAAUCUAGUUUCACAUAUUUUCCACUGGUUUGUGUAUGCGUUUUAGGACCCAAAACAAUAUUAAGGUGCUCACUUGAUUUUGUAGAGAGAAAAUUUGUGAGUCGGAUGAUAUUUGUUGAACACAACCAAGGAUCAAUAUUUGUGUCUGUACAGAUCUCCUUGUUACUUGUCGAGUAUUACAGUUGGAUAUGAAAGAAAUGACUGUUAGUCAAA